GAAGGAGAGCCGCAGAUCGAGCGAUGGCUGCGGAUUUCACUCAGGACUCGGUGCUCCGCUUCCUCCUGAGCCGCGGCGGCACCGUGCGCAACACCGAACUCCUCGCGCACUUCACGAGCUUCCUCCGCGAGCAGGACGAGGGGACGCGCGCGCGCAACCGCGAGCAGUUUAAGCGCUUCGUGAACAGCGUGGCGGUGGUGAAGCAGGACGGCGGGGUUUCCUACAUCGCGCUGAAGAAGAAGCACCGGCAGCGGCUCGAGAGCGUCGCGAAACCGCCACCCAAGAAGCACGAGGUGAGCGGAAAACCGGCGCCGAGCGGGACCCGGGGUGGAGGGGCGGAGGUUCGGACCCAGAGGUCCGCCGUGAAGACUGUUAACCAGCCGCCUCCCGCUCAGGUCCCAGCUGACGUCCUGCCUGUCGCAGGAAUCCUGAACGACAACAACAACGAUGUAGAAGCUGUGAACCUAGAGAAAUGUGUGAGAAGCUCCUCAGCACAGUCCUGGGAGCCUAUCAGAGAGAGGUCCAGCAGUGACGGUCCAGGAUAUACCUUCACCUCAGAGUCCAAGCGCUCAAGUGGGAGCGGCCAGAGCUUUGAUCAGCCGUGGGAUUUGAAAGGCCCUGUGGAAGCUGCACACAAUGGUGUUUACCCUGCCAGAUCUGGACAAUUGAGAGAAGUGGACGGUUGCAGCCAAAAGUGGGAAGCGAGCGUGUCCCCUGUACUUGAGGAGCCAUCUGAGGACACCCUGUCAUGUGCUUGGCCUUUUCCUAUCUCUUCUAGCUCCUGUGGACUGUCUCAGUCCCAGAUUUCCACCUCAACCCCAUGCCUAUCUGACAUCCCUGGAGUAGACCCCUCUUUGCAAGCUCCAUAUCUGCAGGGAGCUUUGAGCCAGAGCAACGACAGCUUCUUAACAUCAAACCAGGGUGGUCCAGUCACAGGUUUCUACAUUGAGGAAGCUUCAGAUUAUAGUUCAACAGGGUCAGUAACUCCAGUGAGCACUUCUGCGCACAAUAGACGCAGCCUGCCAUCACAGACCCUUCACCUGCCUUCCUCCACAGACUCCGACUGGCACAAAGGAUACAGCUGGUCUAGUGAUGAUGGGCUAAAUUAUAGGGCCACCUCAGUAGAAAACAGAGAUGCUCUCCAUCAUUUCCAUGAAGCUGAGCUGCUGUUGAACCUCCAUCGCCCAGAACGUCAGGUCACAUCCUGGCACCACUCCACCGGACACCUUGCAGAUGAGGAACCUUCAGCAUCCCUUCCUCAUUCAGUACCGGAGAAUGGCGUCCGCCCAGGGCCAGUCGCUCGCAGACUUUCCCAACGUAUGCGGAGUCGCAUGUCCCGGAGUUUGGGCUCAGACCUGGACCAAGCGUUUCGGGAGGACAAUGAGACAUCACGAAUCAAGCGCCUUCAACGGAUCUCCUCUUUCCUCAAUGUAAACCACCCCACCUCUGCCUCGGUCUCCUCGAGCCGGACGCACAGCACCCUUGAUGGUCUGUCGUCAGCCGGCUCCACACACAGCCUGGCUCAUGACUCCAUCUCCUGCAGCACUCGGCAGUCCCAGGUUCCCCUGGAGUCGCGGGAGCAUGAGUGGUUUGUAAAAGCAGCAUCAGGCAGCUGGAACGUCAUCUACUCCCUCUUUAGAGAGGAUCCCAGUCUGCUCAACAAGCGGGACUUUGUUUCUGGAUACACUGUCUUGCACUGGAUUGCUAAGCACGGGGACCACCGGGUCCUGAACACGCUGUGGUACGGUGUAAACAAGAUAGGGAUGAUGAUGGAUGUGGACGCCAGGAGUGCUUGUGGAUACACACCACUGCACCUGGCUGCUAUUCACAGCCAAAAGAACCUUUUGCGGCUCCUGGUGACCAAGUUCAAGGCCAACGUAGCCCUCAGGGACAACAGUGGCAAAAAGCCUUGGCAGUAUCUGGAGAAAAGUGACGACUGGGAAUUGAUGGAACUGAUGGGUGCACCCCGAAAGAUGUUUGGGGUUGGUGCAGGGAGCCAGUGGUCAGUAGAGAAGACCCCAGUUUCACAGGUUGUACAGUCAGCAGCUACAGUAAAGAGACACUCGUCUCUUGCUGCCUUGUUCAAACACAAGUCUCAGCUCAGGGUCUCGGCCAAUGCUGAGACGUUUCUGUAAGCAGGGGUCUUCUGUUUGCGGUGUAGAGGGAGCACGGUGGAGUCUGCUGCACUGAAGUGUAGACUUUUAUUCUGCUAAGUGAAAAUGGGUCUAAAAAUGUUGGGGACACUAUACUAUGCAAUGCUGUGGUCUGUAAAGACUGAACUUUGAUGCCCAGCUAUAAUCGGGUACUGUUUUUAAGGUGGCACCUUCUUGUUUCUGGUUUAUAUUAAAUCUAAUAUUGUAAUGUCCUUACUUUGGGUUGAUGGACACUAAAUGUUAAACUAUUCACGUUUUGUAUCCAGUGUUGACCGCCUCGUGGCAGUGAGGCUGUAUCUUGUUUAUUCCACAUGGUUUAUUAAAAUGUUGUGGGUGCUUCAGAA